UGCGACAGCCCCGCCCCGCCUCCCCCGCCGCCCCCUCCCAGCGCCCCCCCGCCCCCGCCGCCCCCUCCCCCCGGCCUGGGGAACCCCCGAAAGAAGAGGAGGGUUCGGAGCUUCUUCUGGAAGACCAUCCCGGAGGAGAAGGUGCGGGGGAAGCCCAACAUCUGGACGAUGGCGGUGCGGCAGCAGCAGUACCAGAUCGACGUCCGCACCGUGGAGGAGCUCUUCGGGCAGCAGGAGGUGCGCACGGCGCCCCCCACAGGCUCCAGAGCACCCUGCGGCAGCCUGACUAGGGGAGGCUCCUUCAAAGAGACCAAGGAAGAGAUCAGCAUCCUCGACUCCAAGAGAGGGAUGAACGUGGGAAUCUUCCUCAAGCAGUUCAGAAAGCCAAACCUGUCCAUCAUUGAAGACAUCCGCCUUGGCAACAGCAAGCCGUACGGCUCUGGACCCCUGAAAGAACUUCUGAAGCUGCUGCCUGAAUCGGAGGAGGUGAGGAAACUGCAAGCAUUCAAGGGCAAUGCCAACAAACUGACUCUCGUGGACUCGUUCAUGUACCUUCUGAUCCAGGUCCCGAGUUUUGAUGUUCGUAUUGAAGCCAUGGUGUUGAGAGAGGAGUUCUCCCCUUCCUGUUCCGUGAUGAGCCACGAGAUUGAUGUCAUCCGCAAUGCCACUAAAGAGUUAAUGACCUGUGAGGAGCUGCAUGCCGUCUUGCACUUGGUCCUGCAGGCUGGAAACAUUAUGAAUGCAGGUGGUUAUGCAGGCAACGCUGUGGGCUUUAAGCUGUCGUCUCUCCUGUCUUUGGCUGACACCAAGGCCAACAAGCCUGGGAUGAACCUCCUCCACUUUGUGGCCUUGGAGGCACAGAAGAAGGACGAGAGUCUGCUGAAGUUUCCCGAGAAGCUGCUGCAUGUGCAGAGCGCAGUCCGGAUAUCGGUGGAGAAUAUCGAGGUGGAGUUUGAGUCUCUGUACGUGAGGACCAGGGCUCUGGAGGAGAAGAUUCAGAGAGACCCUGAGCUGCAGGUGCAGUUGAGUCAGUUCCUGCAGGGUGCCACGCGGAUGCUGCAGGACCUGAAGAAGCGCAGGUUGGAUCUGCGUAAAGAGGGAAACUCGCUCAUAGACUUCUUCUGCGAGGAUAAAGACGCCUUCAAACUGGACGACUGCUUCAGGAUAUUCCAGGACUUCUGUCUCAAGUUCAAAAAGGCUGUGAAGGAUAACAUGGAGCGUAAGCAGAAGGAGGCAGCGCGGCUGCAGCGUCUGCGGGAGCUGGAGGAGAAGCGGAGCGCGUGGGGGGGCGGGGCCGGGGGCCGGGAGCAGGGCGGGGGCUUCGGCCGCAGCAGCAGCGAGAACGACGUGGAGACCCUCACCAAGGAGGGGCUCCUGGACUUCCUGCAGCAGCGGCCCCUCAGCCCCCACCGGCCCCUGAGCCGCUCGGCCAGCGCCCGACGCCACCGCAGCGCCGCCGUGACCGCCGACCGCCAGCUGCAGAGCUACCUGGAGCUGUUCAGCACCGACGACCCCGCCAAGUUCAGCAGCCUGCCCCGCCCGGGCCGCGCGCACCACCGCGGGACCUCCGCCUGGCUGCUGUCCCAGGACGACAACCGCGAGCUGGGCCCCAAGGCCCCGCCGUCCUGCGGGAGGCAGGUGACCUCGCCCGGGUGCUGCACGGACCCCAUCAGCCCCCUGGCCCGACCCUCGGCCUACAACAACAACAACGACGCUGAGGACCCGCGCGUGAACGAUAACGAGCUGGUCACUGUGUCGGAGGGUGGGCUUGUCCUCAGGGCUGGGCACAACAGGGACAGGGUGGAGAGGGGGGUGGGCGUUGGGCAAAUGAACGUUAAUCUGGAGCGCUGUUCCCUGGUAUCCGGGCUGCAGAAUUUUGACCUCCUCACGAUGGUCAACAACAAUGACGGCGGCGACGCACGUUUAGCCGACCGUGGGUUUGUCCUGGUUACCGAUCUGGAGAGGGAGAGGGAUCCUCCAAAGACACUGGUUUUGGACACACCUCCAUCCAGCAGGGGCUUGGGGAGGGGACGGGACCCCAGGUCGGCCUGGGAUUACAGACUGAGCUCCCCUCAGAAGGAGGAGGAGGAGGACACCAGCACCGUCUCCUCCACCACCUGCGACACGCCCUUGCCCCUCGACACGCCUGUCUCCAACAGGAAACCCAUGUUCUACAUCAUGGACUGCACAGAGACCGACUGCUCCGUGACCCUCGACCUGUCCGAUAUCGACAACCCCCCCAUCAGGAGGGAAGGCGUCGAGGGCAACACGACUCUGGACUCCGAGGGUCGGAGUAACCCCAAGGACCUGGGUUCGCUUUCGUCCAACUUGGAAUCUGGAUCCACCGGCGAGACUUCCGCAUCAAAGUCGGUGUCCACAAAUGAGCCGCCAGCGUCAAAAUCCACAUUCACAGAUGAGCAGCAAGAGCCCUGCAACACCCCGGAGGACAACCCCAAAGAAGUGGCCGCCGGACCUACGCAGACCCCCCAAACCUUGCACGGCAAAACCAAGACGGUGUCGAAGACCCCGUCGGCGGCUCGAACCGUUGCCUCCGGCCGCCCCGCCCGAACGCGGACCCCUGCGGAGAACCAGAGCAUGCGCAAAGUGGUCCCGCUCACCAAGCUGAGCCGGUCCGGGAGCGGCGCCAGGCGGGUGGACAGGCCUCCGGGCUACGAGAGCGCCGAGCCCAGGCGCGCGCUGAGAGACCAGAGCGCCCCGGCCAGGAGGGGAGAGAGGAUGCCCCGCGCCGCCCGCCAUUCCAGCCUCCCGCCCGACGAGUCCAAGGCCCAGCGCGCGGGCGGCGCCGGUGCGUCCCGUUGGGCCCGAGACCAGACCCCACGCAAGCCGCCGUUCUGGAAGCCCAGUGCCAAACCCGUGAGGACCGUCCCCAAGGCUCCGCCCGAGGAGAAGAUGUGCCGCUCCACCCUGAGGGCCCUGGCUCAGGCCGCGGCCGCCUCUGAGGGCGGGGCCCCUCAGACCCCCACCCACAGCGCCCUGCCCAGCUUCGCCCGCAACACCGUGGCCUCCUCCUCCAGGACCAAGAAAGACCCUGCCGCCGCGGCGACAGACUCCACCCCCUCGACCCCUUCCAAAAGCGCCCUGGGCAGGACAGGCUCCAUGAGGCAAGCGGCGACCAGAGCGCCCCCUGUGGGCGAGCAGCACGUGGCCCGGGGGAAGGAGAAGCUUCCGGGCUCGCUGCAGAGAGUGCAGAGCGUACGGGCCUCCAGCCGGAGCGGGCAGCGUGCCGAAACGCCGCCUCCCGGGAGAGAACGUUCCAGAAAGAGCAGCACCUUCUCCGAGAAGUCAAUCCAGUCUAAAGACUCUAAAGACAGCUCCAGUAAAACCCUCAAGCCCACAUGGAAAUGAAAUAGAGGGGUGAGAAAAGUACAAGCAACGAUGGGACUUUGUUUAAAGAAAAAGCCCUGAAUGAGAAUGUUAUUAAUUUAAUAAAGUUUAGAUUUGUAUUUUUGUUCAUAAUUUUCUGCUUCUAGUCAUGUUGUAUAGUUUUACCGAAUCAUGGCCUUUUGAAAGAGAUCGCUUUGACAAGCUUCCAAUGGUGAUGUUGGUGGUGAACAGCUAGCUUCUGAAUGACUCCUGAGGAGUACAUCUUAUUCACAUCAGGAAUUUUCUAGUUCUAUAGUAACAUUUUAAUUUGAGGUAAUUAAAAGCAACACAUGCACUCACCAAGCCUGGGAUGAAUAUGGUUUUAAAUUUUGUCCGUAUCAUGAAAAAUGCCUUGUAUCUCAAGACGCAUUUAAAGUUCUCGUCCAUCCAUGUACUGUUCGGUAGCUCAAUAACUAAAGUUGGCUGAAGAUACCAUGUGAAUUAAGUAUAAUUCUGUCUUGGUAGAUUGGUAGAUUUUUUUGGUUCCUGAGAAUUAUUAUUUUUUAGAUACAAGGAUUUUGCCUGAAUCUGGUAAUAUGCUUGAAGAGGAGCUACAAUGUUUUAGAAAAUUCUCAAAAAGUAACUGUAAAUAAAUAAAAAAUCCAAUACCAUUUGUAAUCCAUUGAAAAUAAUGUAAUGAAAACAAUGUAAUGAAAAUAAAUGCUUGACCAUAAAAUGCCAGAAUGUAGCCAUUUUGAAAAGAUGGUAUUUACAAAUAUCAAAUACUGAUUGGUGCAUAUUAACAUUGGGACUAUGUUUUCAUAAAUCUCCUUCGUCACGUUUUACCCAGGAAGCCUGUCGACAAACGGCAAGCCCACCUCCCGAGUGGCCCCAUCUGCCUGCUCUGUUUUGUAUGUAACGUCUAAUAUGUAACAGGUGAUGUGUGAAAAAUAACCUGCUGAAUAAUAUGCUGUACCACUGCUGAACAUCUCGGGUGAGGCGGGGUGAUCUGGGGUACGAGCUAUCUAUAGGCUGCCCUGCUGCUCUUUGUGUUUGUGAUUGACUGCUCAGCCAAUCAAACUGCUCCCCUGCUGCUCGCUCUGCUCUGGACCCCGCCCUCUUUGAUGAUUCACUCGCAGUCUCACUGUUCUCCUCGGCUUGUGGUAUGUCAGUGUUUUAUGUGUCUACCUAUACCGCCUCUCUGGUAACGUAUCCAUCCCAGUACGGAAAUGACCACUGCACACCAUGCAAGAGAUAUUUUUGCUACCUGCUAUAAAUUGAAGCUUAUGCUGCAGUACAAAUUGAAUGGUUGUAUUUUUAUUUUAUUUAAUUGUUUGUGUGUGGGUGGCAUUGGAAUUACAUGCUUCCCUAUGUUAUUUGCCUAUAAAUAAACAGUUCUCAUUAA